AUGGUGUCGCGGCGCGCCGCGCGGGAGGCUGCGGGCUCGCGCCGCCGGCCACGGCAGCCCGCUCCGCUGCUCCGCCGGCUCAGAGCCUGCUGCUGCCGCCACCGCCGCCGCCGCCGCCGCCCGGGGAGCCUACUCUGUCUCUCCUGUGUGCAGACAUGCAGCGUCAGAGGCCGGGGAGUGGCGUCCACGGUGCGCUACUGCAUGACAGUCGGCGGCACAGUGGUCCUGGUGAUUGGGACACUCUGCUUUGCGUGGUGGAGCGAAGAUGAUGCAGCUGUCCAGCCUGACUCGCUGGCCCCCACAGUGGGACAUCCAUCGCCCAAGAUCCCUGUGGUGUGGCUCAGGUCUGUCAGCCUCCUCUGUUGCAGCCUGGGUGGCCUGCUUCUGUUCUCUGGCCUGCUUUGGUCCAUCCAGGAAAGCACCAAGAGGUCGAGCCAGGGGGACCUGUACCAGCUCUCCAGAGGCCUGCACCACCUUGCUGUGGAGUCUUCUGAGAAGAGCUACAGACCUCCCAAGGAGGCUGUCAUUCCCACUUACGAGGAGGCCAUGUACUGUCCACUGGCUGAGGGUUCCCUGCAAUCUCCUGUGCAGCCGGAAGAAGAAGACCUUCAGUGCCACGCCCAGGGGGAUGCCCUGCUGCGGUCGCCAUCCCUCUUACCCCCACCCAGCUACCAGAGCAUCAUGCUCGCUCGGGGGGCUGUUUCUGGUCCACGUGCUACAAGCUCCAGUCCAGAUUGA